AUGCCGCACGCUCGAGUGUUCUCUGUCGACUCAGAGAUGCACGAACUCAACCAGGAAGCAGAUCUACUCGAUCAGAAGACGACGGUCGUGCCAAGAGGGGUCAACGGCCAAGACGCGCACCUCCGACGGCGCAACAGCGACCCCGAUGCGCAAGCGAUGGUCAUCGCCUCUCUGCGCUCGCAGAUCCAGGACCUCUUCGGCCAGGUCUCCCAGCUGAACAACAAGCUCGUUGGCUCCUAUGACCGCAUGUCCAACCUCGAGGACGAGCUGCACGUCACCACGUCCAAUCUCCGCUCGUCUACGCUCAAGAUCUCCAACCUCGAGCUCGAACGCUCCCAGCACCUCUCCGCCGUGAGCACCGGCCUGCUCGUCGAGAAGGACAACGUCACCGCCGAGCUCACCCGUCUCAUGGAGCGCGCGACCGACGAGGCUGCACAGCGCGGCCAGGCGGAGUCCGCGCGCGCCGAGAUCGAGAAGGACCUCGACGAUCUCAGUGCCUCGCUCUUCAACCAGGCGAAUAGCAUGGUCGCGGAGGCCCGCAUGGCCCAGGCCCGCAGCGAGCGCAAGGUGGAGGAGACGGAGCGUGCGCUCAGAGGCGCUGAGGAGGUCGUCGGCGUACUGCAGGCUCAGAUGCAGGCCCUCGAGGCGGAGAAGGAGACUGCUGAUAGGAGGGUGGAGGACAUGCGGGUCACCAUGGGCAAAGGAAAGUGGGUUGAGCGGUCCCAGGAACGCAGCCGUUCGACAGGACCGCGUUUACUCUCCUCACAUGCGCCGUAUCAGGAGUAUCUCGCGUUCAUCUCCCAUUUGCGCUCUAUCCGACCAGCGAGCCAGCAGCCGCCGGCGAUGUCAACCCUCCUCCCUCAGCCGUUCCUUGCGAGACUGGUCACGGAAGACUCGGAUCCUACCGUGCGCUUAGACCUCGCGCCGUCGCUCAACUGGCUCUCGCGAAGGUCGGUGCUGUCUGCUAUCCAUAGCGGGCAACUCACCGUUGAGCCCAUGUCGACUACGACACUGCUAGAAGAGCUCGCACCAUCCGUCAUUCCCGGGACUGGGCACAGCCAUGUUAUGUGUGCUCUAUGUGGCUUUCCUAUUUUCGGUUCUUCCUCCGCGAGCGACACGCCACUAGCCUCUAACGGGCUUCCGCGCUCUAGCCUACAUAAUAACUCAUGGUCUUCCAGUUUGUUCAAGAACUCGUUGGUGCAGUCGAUUUCGAGCCCCAACCCAUCACACAAGCGCGACUCCCUCCCGCCUCCGGCCACCGAUCCGCCAUCACAGAUCUACAUCUUCCGGCUGGACGCGACAUCCUCGGGUUUGCCGGUGUCGCUGCCGGUCUCCUCGCAGCAGCCCGCGGUGCCGGCCCGGCAGUCGACGAUAUACCCGCUCUGCACGACGCGGUGGUGUCUGAUGCGGCUCCGGACGACGUGCUCGCUCUGGGCGUUCGUGCGUACGUGCGUGGUCGAGAAGGUCUGGGAGGAGAGUUUAUACGUUUCGCCCACGCCGAACGGCUCCGAGAAGCCCGCGCUCGUAAAUGGCGUGUCGGGCGCGGAGAGGCCGCCCGUGCCCCCGCGCCGCUCGCGCAUGGGUAUCGGGAUGCUGUGGGGCUCGGUGCAGCGCAGCCUCAGCAGCGGCGUAACUACGCCAGAGAAAGAAGAGAAGGAGCCCCAGAUUAGGGAGAAGCCUGAGGAGAAGACGUUGCCCAAGUCGCCGCCACCCACGGCGAGACGAAUUUACGCGCCGCCCCCCACUCAUCCUUCGAAGUCUGCGUCCCUGUCCUCGGUCGUAAUACCUGGAUCACUGCGGGCGGUGCCUCCGCCACUGCCUCCGCGGAACCGGCAGCGCGGCCUGACGUCGAAAGCCAACCUUUCAACCACGACCGUCGAUCGUGUGGACGGCGCAGAGAAACCUGACGCGACGGGCUCUACUGGCCACGAGGACGUGUCGCAUACAAAGGAGCCACUAGCCGCGGAGCAUCUUCCUCCCCCAAUAGCGCACGCAGAGUCGCAAGACCAAUUCGCCACACCCAAGGAAGGGCCGGCCUCACUCGCCUCGUCGCGCCCGGGCACGCCAUCUACCAUCCCUCUCCCGCUGUCUUCCCCGCCCACGCCCGAGCCUGAGGACAUCACCGUGGAGUCAGUGCAGCCUCCAACACAAGAGCUAGUCACUGCGGACUCACUUCAGCCUGUUUCUACUGAGGCUGCCGAGCCUGUUGCUGCCGAGCCUAUUGAAGUAGCUCUCGCAGAACCUGCUACCACCGACGCCCCAGCGCCGAAUCAGCCAGAGACUGAGAAGGCUGCGCCCGCCGCGCCACCACCACUUCCCCGCCGUGCGGCUGCACGGGUACGCGUAUCUAUGGCUCCCGAACCCGCACAGUCUGAGGCUCCACCUGUGGUCGAGACCAAUGGGUUUGCGUCGAAUGGUACUGAGCCUGGUGCAACGGCGCAAGAGGAGGCAGCGACAGUCGAAGCGUCUAAGGUCCAGCCUACAGAGGACGAUGAAACUGUUCACGGACAGCCUACUACCGAAGCAGUAGAACCUGCAGACGCGGAGCAAGAUGAAUCUGCGGAGACAGAAGCUGAGCAAUCGGAUGAUGUAGCACAAUUAAAUGGGGAAACAGCUACAGAAACCCCAACUGAAGAUGAGCGAACGGCGGCAGCCUCGCCUGCCCUGGAAGAGCUGAAGGACGCCGAUGAAAGUCUCUACGAAGCACCAUCCGAGGACGCGCCAUCGUACUCCACGUCCGCGUCAGUGAACGGGGCAGCGGAGCGCGUGGAGGGCAAGUCGCUGAACGGUGCUCCGGACUCGGAUACGUCCAUCGAGCCCAAGGAAACCAGCGAGGAGGAACGUAGUUCCGAUGAGAGCACUGGCGCAUACAUCGGUGCAUACGUGGGCGACGCUAGCUGGGAGGAGCGGACGUGGAAGGAGCUCGUCCGGCUGCGGGAGGAGAUGUUCUGGGCGCGCAUCGGCGGCGUGCGAUAG